UCCAACCACUUCCGCCUGUGCCGGAAGUGCCGGGCGGAGCCAUCGCUGCCAGCCGCCGGGUGAGGCGCGGGGCGACGAUGUGGUUCAUGUACGCGCUGAGCUGGCUCGCGCUCCUCAUCCAGGCCGCCUUCGUCACCCUCGGCAUCGCGGCUGGAUUGUACUACCUGGCGGAGUUGAUAGAAGAAUACACAGUGGCCACAAGCCGGAUCAUCAAAUACAUGAUCUGGUUUUCCACGGCUGUGCUGGUCGGCCUGUAUCUCUUUGAGCACUUCCCAGGCCUGGUGGUGGGCGUGGGUCUCUUCACCAACCUGGUCUACUUCGGACUGCUGCAAACUUUCCCUUUCAUCAUGCUGACCUCUCCAAAUUUCAUCCUGUCCUGUGUGCUCGUUGUGCUGAAUCACUACCUGGCCUUCCAGUAUUUUGCGGAAGAAUAUUAUCCCUUCUCAGAGGUACUGGCCUAUUUCACCUUCUGCCUCUGGCUCAUCCCCUUCGCCUUCUUCGUCUCCUUGUCGGCUGGCGAAAACAUCCUGCCUUCCACCGUGCAGCCUGGAGACGACGUGGUCUCCAACUACUUCACCAAAGGGAAGCGAGGGAAACGCUCCGGUAUUCUCCUCGUCUUCUCCUUCAUCAAGGAAGCCAUCUUGCCCAGCCGACAGAAGAUGUACUGAUCUCUUCCCCUCCAGCAGCCCCCCGGAUGUGGUUGUGGUGUCCCCCUCCCCCCCUCUUCUGGCCACACGCGUACCUUCCUCCCUGAGAAGGGGCACCGUCUGAGCCUCCGCCUCCCCCUACCUCCAGAUCCGUUCGGGGUGAACAAACAGGGGAAGAGCCCCGAGGCGUGGAAAGGGUGGGGGGAGAGCUGGGCCUCCCACGAUCCCUCUCUUUCCUGUGGGUGGCUGGGGAAGGGGAUGAGGAUGGCGACCCCUCCCUCGCCUACCCCUCUCCAUGGGGUCCCCGAUGAACUCUUAGCGUGCUUUUAAGCCCUUCGGGGUAGGAAGGGGUGGAACGUCUCACAAGGUCUCCACUGCCGGACUUCUUCCAAAGUUUUGAGAGGAAUCUCCCCAGGGUGGAAGGAAGGAAGGAAGGAAGGAAGGACCGAGUGGACUUCUCAAGGCGCUGCCUUCUUCCAUACUGGCUGACCUGAACCAGACCGUCGGGCCAGGAAUGAGAAAAGAGUCUCCAUUCUUCUUCCUUCGUUGUGCUAGGAGGUUCCCCUCCGGGAGGCUGGCAAAACUUUUGGUUUGGGUUCUUGUUUUUUUUUUUUAAAAAGGAAACCAGGAAUGAUAGUUCUGCCCAAACUUCCUGGCUCAGCGUUUGGGGUGUGUGAAAAGCAAAGCUGCGUUUAGCCCGGAAGACUGCUGGCGUCUUUCUCCCCACCCCCAAAAAAACCUUCCGGGACUUCAGCCAUGGGGGGCGGGGGGGUCAGUGAAAAUGGAACUGUACCAGUGCCCCGAGGUUGGGGAAGGAACCAGGAGUUGUGAGGUUGUGGCUGGAAUGCGGGAAGCCACGAGGGUCGGCUCUGCUCCUUGGGCUGGGCAGCCCCCUGGCUUUCCCCUGGCAGUUGUCAGGCUGCCCGGCUCGUCUAGAGGACCUCCAGAGGCUCCCAGCUGCCGCAGUGUUCUUGGCCGAAGGCGAUGGGCGUCUCAGCGCAGAGUCUGUGUUCAAUAAAGGUGUUCAGUGACAACAGAACAA